AUCCACAAGACCACAACCACAAGCUAAUUGAGUCCAUGGAUUCACCUCAUCUCCUCACACAUAACGUACACUGCGCAAAACAGAGGUUGUCGGGAAAAUGGCCACUCUCUAUCCUCUUUCUUCAUCUUCAUCCUCGGUUUUCGUCUCCCCUGCUAAAAUCCUCAGCCACUUCUAUUCUGUUAGAAACACGGCCGCCGACCUCCACCUCAAAAGAACUAUCUCCGUGAACUCUCUCCGGUCGGCGGUGCCGGAAACUGACCCACCGCCGUCGGUCCAAACCUUCUGGCAGUGGCUCUGCGACGAGGGCGUUGUGUCUUCCAAGUCUCCGGUGAAGCCCGGAAUUGUCCCCGAAGGUCUGGGUCUUGUCGCUCGGAGGGAUAUUGCUCGAAACGAGGUCGUUUUGGAGGUGCCGAAGAAGUUUUGGAUAAACCCAGAUGCGGUGGCAGCUUCGGAGAUUGGGAGCGUGUGCACCGGACUGAAGCCGUGGGUCUCUGUUGCUCUGUUCUUGAUCAGGGAGAGGUCUAGGGUUGACUCGCCUUGGCGAUCUUACCUUGAUAUUCUUCCCGAUUUUACGAAUUCCACCAUUUUUUGGUCAGAAGAGGAACUUUCUGAGCUUCAAGGAACCCAACUAUUAAACACUACACUGGGUGCGAAGGAAUAUGUGCAGAGCGAAUUCCUGAAAGUUGAAGAAGAAGUCAUUCUCCCUCACAGGCAGCUUUUCCCUUCUCCUAUUACCUUGGAUGACUUCUUAUGGGCAUUUGGGAUUCUUAGAUCAAGGGCAUUUUCCCGCCUUCACGGUCAAAAUCUUGUUUUGAUCCCUCUUGUGGACUUGAUCAACCACGGCCCCAGUAUAACAACAGAAGACUAUACAUGGGAGAUUAAAGGUGCAGGUAUUUUCUCUAGGGAUCUUCUAUUUUCUUUGAAGAAUCCAGUUCCUGUCAAGGCUGGUGAGCAGGUUUUGAUCCAAUAUGAUUUGGCGAAGAGUAACGCUGAGUUGGCUCUGGACUAUGGUUUCAUAGAAUCUCAGUCCACCCGCCAUGCAUUUACUCUUACACUUCAGAUACCUGAGUCAGACCCAUUCUUUGGGGACAAGCUCGACAUUGCUGAGACAAAUGGUAUGGGUGAAACUGCAUACUUUGACGUUGUUUUGGACCACCCUCUUCCACCAGCAAUGCUUCCAUACCUGCGGCUAGUGGCUCUUGGGGGUACUGAUGCUUUCCUCUUGGAGUCCAUUUUCAGAAACUCAGUCUGGGGCCACCUUGAAUUGCCUGUUAGCCGGGCCAACGAGGAGCUGAUAUGCCAGGUGGUGCAAGAUGCCUGCAAAACUGCACUUUCUGGCUAUCCAACCACCAUUGAAGAUGAUGAGAAAUUGAAGGAAGGAGGGAAUCUUGAUCCAAGGCUUGAGGUAGCGGUUGGGAUAAGAGCAGGGGAGAAGAAGGUGCUGCGACAAAUUCAUGAGGUUUUCAGGAGCAGGGAAUCAGAAUUGAAUGGGCUGGAAUAUUAUCAAGAAAGGCGACUCAAGGACCUCGGCCUCGCUGUGGAGCAAGACGAAAUCAUCUUCUGGGAGCCCAAGUAGGAUAUAUCUAUGCCCUCCAUGAAUUUAUCCCAGGGAGGCAAACUUGUCCCAAGUGGUUACUGAAAUGAAGAUUGCUAUUUAAAAACAACAAAUUUUGGAAGCCUUAGUAGAAGAUUGGAGAAGAGCUGUCUGAGAAACAACACGCAACUUUAAGUAAUGAGUUCCAAACAUUCUGUUGCCACUCCAACAAGCAAUUUGUAAUUCGAUACCCUACACUUUUAGAUAUGCAGUUGAAAUAUCACGAAGUACUUCAUACCA